UUCAAAGCUCUCGACGCAAAGUCAACGGUCGCAAAGGCGUGCUUCGUUGUGUGAGAUUGUGCUGCUCGUUUCGUCGCAUUGGUUUCGAUACGCACACGGAACCUCGAUUACGUUUCGCUUGCAAGAAGGGAAUCGCUUCGAAUAAAGCGUGCGCGCCGAAGUGCUGAAUGAAACGGGUGUCAUUGGAAACGACGUAACAUCCAAAGACUCUCGGAGGCCACCCCGAGACAGCAUGUUGUGAAGACAACCAACGUCCAGAUUGUUGCAAAGGAUCGCCCCACCAGGAGGAGCACCAUAGUCCUCAACAAGAAGGCGACGCAACGAAGGCGUGUUCGCCUAGUAAAGCAAAAAAAAAAUGCCCAAAAGACAGAUAUCGGGCAGCAGUGAGUCAGCCCGAUGUAACGGCGCGGGCGGCAAUACGGCCAUGAAUGCGCCCGCGCACACGGACGCAUCCGAAAUAUCGAUCAAAGUGAUCGUCAGAGUCCGACCGCAUAACGAGCGGGAGCUGCAGGACAACAGUAAAACGGUCAUCGAGACUGUGGAUGACAAAAUGUUGAUCUUCGAUCCGGAGGAGAAAAAGACGCCCUUCUUCUUUCACAAUGUGGCUCAACGUGGCAGAGACAUGCUGAAGAAGCAAAACAAGCACCUGCAGUUCAUCUUUGACAGGAUCUUUGGCUGGACAUCCACAAACACAGAUGUAUUCGAAGGCAGCACUAAGAGCCUGAUCAGCUAUCUCUUGGAUGGCUACAACUGUUCCGUGUUUGCUUACGGAGCCACUGGUGCUGGUAAAACUCACACAAUGCUGGGCAACAGGGAGGAUCCUGGUAUUACUUAUCUCACCAUGGCGGAGCUCUUCUCUGAGAUCGAGAGACAGAGCAAUCAUCGUGAAUUUAACCUGAAUGUGACUUACCUGGAGAUAUACAAUGAAAAUGUGCAGGACCUGUUGCACAAGUCGGGCCAGUUACACCUGAGGGAAGAUGGUCGAUGCGGUGUUGUAGUCGCUGGACUGAAGCCGAUUGCCAUUAAGAGCGCCGAGGAAUUAUUGUUAUUUCUGGCGGAAGGUAAUAAGAACCGUACUCAGCAUCCCACAGACGCGAAUAAGGAGAGCAGCAGGAGCCAUGCGGUCUUUCAGGUGUACAUAGAGAUAGUCAACAAGUUGGACAGUCAGGUGCAACGAGUAAAAUUGUCAAUGAUCGAUUUGGCCGGGUCCGAGAGAGCCUCGGCCACUGGAUGCAAAGGUAUCAGGUUCAAGGAAGGUGCCAAUAUCAACAAGUCCCUGCUGGCUCUUGGCAACUGUAUAAAUAAUCUAGCGGAUGGUAUCAAACACAUUCCGUACAGGGAUUCCAAGCUUACGAGGUUACUGAAGGACUCGCUCGGUGGCAAUUGCCAUACCGUAAUGAUAACCAACAUCGGCCCUUCCAGCCUCACGUACGAGGACACGUACAACACCUUGAGGUAUGCGAAUCGCGCGAAGAAAAUCAAGUCAUACGCCAAGAAGAAUGUGUCAUGCGAGACGCAUAUCACUGGCUAUAUCAAGAUAGUGGAGGAGCAGAAGAAAGAAAUAGCCAUUCUGAAGUCGCGACUGGCCGCUUUAGAGAAUGGCACAUUACCAGCUCCAACGCUGGAUAGCAAGCCGAGCAAAUGGAUGCUGGAGGUGCACUGCAAUCUGUCCAAGUUAUACGGCAAAAAGAAAGACCUGAUCGAGAAGAUGUUGACUCUGGAGAGCUCCGACAAGAUAUUGGCCUGCAGGAUGCUCUAUAAGAGAGAUGCGGACGAGAGACUGCGCAAUUUAACAGCGGCGGAUGAUUCCUUGCCAUCAGAGGAACAAAACACCAGUGGUAAGUUGCGCAUCAACAAAUCCCUGCAUUAUUUCCAGCGACAGAGAGAUUCACUGAAAGCACAGACAGAAGCGGCCUGGCAAGAAUUGUGCUCUGUGGAGACGGAGAUACAAAGGGUGACGGCUUCGCAGCCGAAAGACAAGCAACUCGACGAGAAUCUGCAGAACAGACUGUCUCUGCAGAUCUGUGAGAUCGAGAAAUGUUGGGUCACGAGUAUGCGCCAACACGUGAAGAGAUUUUGCAGCCUCGUGCAAUGCGAGAGGCAGUCGGUUAACAUCAUCACGAGAAUGAUGAGUGUAACACUGCAGAAUUAUUACAACAUGGUAAAGGGCUACGGGACGAUGACCGAGAAGAUGCAAGCGGAGUUCAAGGAACUAGUGAAGCUGCUCGAAGGUUUCCGCAAUAUCAAAUGGUCUGAUUACGACGUGGCGUUGGACGACGCGACGCGGGAUCUUGGUGCGUUCGCGUGCCUCAACACGAUUGGAACGGACUUGUUUAACAACGCGACGCCAACGGCUGUAUCGUCGGAGCUCGACGUGGAGGUGGAGCGCGACGUUCGCAGCACGAGCAUCUUGAAUACCACGUACAAUGCUGACAGUACCUUCAACUCGAGCGACGAGUCCAGCGAAAGCGGCCCAGUGCUGCUCAGUGGCAAACCUACUGGAUCUGGGACUUUAUGUGAGAGGAACGCUGCGAAGAGAAGUGCCAUCAGAAAGCGCGCGCUCUCCGAUAAAAAUCAGGAAAACGCCAGCACACCGGCCAAGCAGACGAAAAAGUUCACGGCCAAUGGCAGCAAGGCCAUUGCGCCUGGCGGCCGUGCGAACAAGGAAAACGUGCACAAGCAGAAACCACCUAUUCAUAUGAGCGCUAAGAGUAUCGCUAUACUGAACAAGCUGAAAAACGGUACGGCUAAUCAUUCUUCGGCCGAGAACGAUAACGAGGAAGGGAUGAACGUGGCGCUCAAGACAGUGCGUAAUAAAGAGAGACGCGCCCUCAUGACCACACAUCCGUAUCAGAAACCGGCCUUUGGAAGGAAGCACAUUCCAGCUCUGCCAUCCACCAGAGUCCCAUGGUGAUCUUGAACAAAGACUUAGCAUUUGUAUCAUUUGGAUAUCUUUCGGACGUAAGAUUAGAGAGAUAAUGACUUGUAAAUGUCGCACUAAUAAGUAAUAAGGUUCUCUCUCUCUCUCUCUCUCUCUCUCUCUCUCUCUCUCUCUCUCGCCCCCCUUCCCUCCCCCGUUUUUCCCACUCUCCCUCCCACCCAUCAUUAACAAUUAGACAAAAAACUUUUCAAUUUAAUCCUUCCCAAAGUAGAAAUGUCGCUGAUUCGAUGUUCCAAGUAAAGGCUCUUUGCUAUUAUAUACACACAUACACAAGCACAAGUAAAUAUACAUAUUUGUAAGUGUGCAAGCAGAUGUAUCUGUACACGUUAGGAAAAGCAGAAUGACAAAUUUCGCAGUAUUAAUGCGACACUUUAUUUGUACAUGAUGUAAUUAUAUCUUUAGAAAUUAGCCGAGACUGACCAACGAAAAGGUCGCAUUUAAAUGAAACGGAAAAUAAUGCUUUGUAAUGGUAUAAUUUUAAAACACUUAAGGACUAGAUUAUCUUACUGUGCCGUGCAUAUAAUAUACUUGUUGGUUUCUUCUUUGAAGCUACAUCGUUCGAUGUUACGCAGAGCUUUGUAUAGUCCAUCGAUAAAGCACGAUGCAAUAAUUAUUACCAAAAUGCUACAACGCGCGUAUCGUAACUUCGGAGCGAACUAACUUGAUUAACAAGAGAGAAACAAAGAAAGAACGUUAAACUUAUGUUUUUAAAUACGUACUGACAUAUAACAUUGUAGAAUUAUUUUCCUAUUCUGUCGAUUAAUAAUAUAUCUCCAAGUACCUCUUUCGGAGAAUAAAUCAAUAAAUUAUUUGCAGGAUCACUGAAUGUAGCGUGUUAUUACGAGAGAAGUGGAAACAUCUCGGGAAUUGGAAUCGUGUGCACGAACGACGGCAGGAAGCCGAAUGAUCUGUCACUCACGUCUGACAUAUCUCGCAUCCAAAUUAUUGUUGAAACUUUCCUGAAAAAGCGGUGCACGUUGCAACUCGAACGAUCUGCAAAUUACAAUUGCAGAUCGUUCGCAAUCUCAUCCACAUGGGUGAGAUCAACCACGUUUACUUACGUAGUCCCGCAAGACACGCGAAACGUGUCUGGAGAUCUCUGGAAUCGUCAGGUCCGUGUCCGACGACUCUCGUCGGCCGCUGACUAUUGUCGGCAACAUCGACCUCGAGCGAUCGUAGA